CUCAUGCAAGAGAGUAGCGUACGGCCAUUGCUCCGUUCAUUUCUUCCUUACAGUGGAGCCAUUAUGCUUAGAUGUGCAGCACUAACGAACCAGCAAUGGAAGCGCCUCGGGGAAAGGGGUACACUGCUCUACUCCUGAGAGAAUUGUCCGUGCAUUAAUAAUUCUAGCUGGAGAGCAACAUGUGACAAUCAGGCAGUAAGGACUUCAUCCUGUUACGGUGACAUCGAGAAGAGGGUGUCCAUAGUAACCGACACCUGCGACGGGGGCAAACAAACGACAGUCUUUCCUUGUGUUUAAAAACCGAACCUCACUAGAGGAUUAAACAUUUGUGCCGCUUGAAAGGACAUUCAACUGGGAACAAAACCGAGUGUAUUUGUGCGUGACAACAAUCUACCAACGUAUGUAUAGCCUGCAUGGCCUGCAGUAGGAGUAGCAGAUUUAGCCACGUUAUAGCGUUGUAGGUGGGUGAUGUCACCGCGUGAAGCAGCUGAGAAGAUUGUGCAAAUUAACUUGGAUACCUCGCAUAUCCCUUGGGAAAGAACGUAGGCCUGUUAAUGACUAUUGCACUAUUAAUAGUUUUAAUGUGCAGGUAAGGUUGAUAUAAGGUAUUGGUUGAUAUAACUUGCUUUACCAUGCCAUAUAGCUAGCACAUUCGCCAGCUAUUGAACAACUUUGGACAAUAACCUUAAUGUAGCCGGCAUUUGCAUUAUAGCUAUAUAAUCGUUACAUUUGGACUUUGACUUUUACGCCUAAAAUGCAGGCUACCUCAGCUGGGUUCAAACCUUGAAUGUACACGACUUGACCAAAAUGCUGCCAGGUUCUAUUCAGAUAACUGGAGAGACACUGUCGGGGGCCGAAGUAAAGGACAUAUGCGACAGCUUGAAAGAGAAUAGCGUUAGGCUUCUGUCUGUCAGAGGAUGCCAGCUUUCAGACCGCGACUUCGGCCGGGUAUGUCGUGGUGUAGCCGAGUCACACUCCUUGGCUCAACUCAACCUGAACCUCGGUGUGGUUUCGAGCAUAAACCGGACAAAACAUCUUGCCGAUGCUCUUAAGGCCAACAGAUCAAUUCAGACUUUAUUUCUCCAUGGCAGCCCCUUGCUAGAUGCAGGACUAGUCACCCUGAACACAGCGGUGUCAACUCAUCCAUCCCUGGUGUCAUUGGACCUUGGUGACUGUCUACUGGGGGAUGAGGCACUAAGGCUCAUCUGUGGUAUGCUGCCCCCAGAUGGGGCCAAAUCAGGUCUACGGGAGCUGACUCUGAGUGCUAACCCAGGCAUCACGACCAAGGGCUGGGCCCGACUGGCCAUUGCUGUGGCCCACAGUUCCCAACUACGAGUCCUCAACCUGGACUAUAAUCCCUUAGGGGACCAGAUAGCAGGCAUGCUAGCAGUGGCUGUGGCUUCCAGUAGAACUCUAGAGGUGUUGGACCUGGAGGGAACCGGACUCACUAACCAGUCGGCACAGGUCUUCCUGGACAUGGUGGAGAACUACCCCACGUGCCUGCGCGUGCUGGUCCUGGCCGAGAACGCCAUCAGCCCUGAGCUGCAGCAGCAGAUCUCCGAUUUGCUCUCCGAGGGUGAGGAGGAGGAAGACAUGGAGGCUGAGGCAGCGCCGCACAGUAGGAACCUGCUCCCCACCAGGGAGAAAAGCACCUGGCUCCCCCACAGCAACUCCCAGAUGAUCCUGCUGACUUCAGGUCUAGGUGAGAGCCUACUGGCUGAGACUGAGAUGUGAAUCCACACACUUCCUACUUCAGUUUGAUUUGUAUUCCUUUGACCCUUUUUCCCUCUGCACUUGAUUCAGUUGACAACUCACAAUAUUAGAUAUCUUGCAACCAAUCACAUUUGCAUGACCUGUAGCACUUGUACAUAAAAUAGCUUUUUUGGAGCGUGCACAGUACCUUAAUACACACCAAGUGACUUAUAGGUAAUAGUGAAUUAUUUAUUUUAAACAUGUACUGUCUAUUUAUAGUUCACGUUUAAAGAUUAUGUAAUCAAUGAAUGUUUGUAUGCUCUGAUAGACUAUACAGGAUUGUUGUGAUCUGAUAUCAAAAUAAAUCUGUUUACAUAUUCUUAAAAAUUAUUGUUUGUUUAAACUG